AUGCUUCCUGCUCAAGAAGAAAGGUGCUUUGCAUAUGCACAAGAAACAUCCACAUACAAGGUGCCAGACCAGGUGUACCUCAUGCAAAAGUUGGCAUUUGUACUCAUGUGGGGUGCAGCCCUUGGCAUUGAACCCCCAAUAGAGGAAGUAGCAAAGUUUGACUUGAUUAUCUUGGUCAAGCCAAUUUUCACCACACAGAUGGCAGAACCUACUCAUCACACAAAGUGUUCCCACAACCAUCUCCAUCCCUACAUGCAUUCUGUUAGUGGGAGUGACAGUACUUCUACACAAGCAACACAGUAUUUCAGUGCUAGCUCUGGCAUAUCUUCUAGCUCUGGCAAUACCCAGUCAUCUUUGGUUAAUCUCGAAGCCUGCAUCAUCAGUAUAGCAUGGCACCACUUAGCAGACUUCCAGGGACCAAUGGAUGUGAAAUUCUGCAAUGAUAUUGACUUUUGGAAUCAUGCAGAGUGCUUCCUUGACAUCUUUCCCAAGUUGCUUCCCCACAUAAUGAUGACUCCUGUGAUUCAACCCAGGUUGCAAUGUGCAAGGUCUCAAUCUGUUCCUCCCCUUGUCCCCCACCUGGUGGAGGCUUUGCCCCUGUUAUCCUCACAGGCCAAGAUAGUGUAUCAACAGGUCUGGCAUGUCAUUGUGGUAGUGGAGCAAGAAAUGAGGCCCAUGAGCUGUCAGACCUCUUUGGAGAAUAGGAAGGAGCUGUGUAGGGUGCAGUCACCCCAGUCCAGUCAGAUGCCUGCUAAGGAUACAUCCAAAUUGCCUUGGUCACAGUCACCCAAUCAGGAUACACCCAAAUCACCUCAGUCACCAAAGACAGUCAGUUUCGCUGGUGUUGAUGUUGGGGAACCACAAUCUUCACCUUCACCCUCAGACUCCUCACUCACCAGCCUCGAGUUUAUUGAGCUUACCACUAAAAUUCAGAAACCACCUAGUGAGAGUCAAGGUAAGACUUGGCAGCAAGUCAUCCACACAGCAGUGAAGAAGUAUCUCAAUAUGACAAAAAGCAGGAGCUAUCAGGAUUCCGAAGCUGUUCAGAAAGUCACUGGCAUUGCCAGGCAAUGGUCCCUGUGGCUCGAGGACUAUGAGCACUGUUGGCCCAUUCUUGAUAUGAUCCACCUUCAUCUCAAGUACCUUUCAUCAAGGCACUGGCAAAGGUGGGUGCUCAAUGUGCUGGAUACAGCCAGCCCAAAGUACCUUGUACCUUUGUGCCUAGAAUCCAUCAUACACAUGCAUCCCACUCUGACUUAUAGCUAUCACCCACAUAUCCACUUGUAUGCCCUAUUGUUUAGAUGGUUGCUGCAUGCCAUCUUUCAUGUCAUCUCAUAUGAAUGUUUGGCACUUUGCUUAAGUGGCUACCAUGUGAUGUUGUGUCAUAUCCUUCACAUUCAAGCAUUCCACCCAAUAAACAUGCAUGGUAGGGUAUUCGAUUGGCAACUCAAAACACUGUCAACCAUAAUAAUUAAGUACUUCCCCCUCCACUCUAUUUACUGCUCACUAGUUACCUCCAGCUCUAUGACAACCCUGCUAUCAAUAGAACCAAAGGUCCAAAUCACUGCUGCUCUCCUCAAUGACAAGGCAUUCACCUUUCUUGAGAGGUUCACAUGCAAAGAAUUCACUGACACCACCCUCCUAUUCAAUUUAGACCUGAUCAAGAUCAUCAUAUUGAAUCCAGGGGGCAUGGGGAUAAAUGCCAUCAAGGCUGUGCAGAAGCUCGAACAAGCUAAGGUAGCCCCAGUAGUUCCCUUGUUGGAAGAUGCUGCCACAUGGCAGUUGGUUUUGCAUUGGGCAACUGACAAUAGCCUUUCCUUUGGCAUAUUCUUGAUGGAGAUGGAGAAGUUCAGCAACAGGUACCAGUUCAAGAAGUGGAAGUUCAUCUUUGACCAAGUAUUUGAAGCCUCUUGGGAGGGUACUGCUGUUGAGGUCAUUAGGGCAGCCAUGGCUGAGCAUGGCAUCAUCAAGCCCUCUAGUUUUGGAUCCCUUGCUAACCACUCAAUCAGGCAAAAGCUCACACAGAUCCCACCACUCUCUAUGCCCAGUGAAGCAUCCAAGAAUGAGCAUGAGGAUGAAGAGGACAAAGAGGAAGAUGAGGAAGAUGAACUAGACAAUGAAGUGGACCACCACCCAAGGGUGACCACAAUAGCUCCAUCAGGCCUUUUCCACCACUAUGGUGGUGAGGGGAGUGCAGAAGGGUCAAGGGUGAAGGUGCAUCAGCAGGGCCCAGUUCAUAAUGUCAAAGAUCAUAUGGAGGUGAAUACAAAUUGGACUCAGCCAAAAGUAUUCAAGGUCAUGCUGCCCUCUGCUCAUUCUGCAGGAUUCAUCCUCCAGCACUUCAAGCUGGAGGGCCUGGAAUGCAAGACCUUCUGUUCAGUCCCUUGCCACAUAUAUGUGGAAGCUCCCAGCAGCCUCAAAAAUGAAAUUGCCUAUGUACAGCAUGUCGAAGGUGACUCAGUGUACAUUCUCAUCAUUCCUUGGAAUUUGCCCUACAUCUCUGGUGGUGAGAACUCUGUGGUCCACCAGGAGCUUUCUGAUGUGGACCUGGCCUAUGAACAUGGCCUGGAGGUAACCCUUACCCUGAGUCCAGAGGGGCAUACUAUCACCCACUGCCUUGGGUCUCAGUACCACUGUGGCCUUCUUCAUGGAUAUUUUCAAAGGUGUAAUGUUGAGCCAGUGAACCUGCCUACUCCUGAGAAAAUUGCAUGGUUUAUCAUGUCAGGCAUGGAUCCCACUUUGGUCACAUGUACCUUAACUUGUUUCUCUGCUCAAAGGUGGCAGGUAGGGGACCAUGGCAAGAUUCAGGCCAGGGAGUUUGUCAACAAGAUAGCCUACAUCGCAAUAGACAUCCAAGUGGCAAUUCAGUAG